CUUGGCCCCGGAGUGCCGCCUCAUCCGUCCCGGCCGCCGGGCUGCGGACAUGGACGGCGCCCGCUAGCCCUAUGGACGGCGAUGGCCGCCGCCGAGACGCCCCCGGCGCGCUGAUGGAGGCCGGGCGCGCCGCGGGGCCCACGGGCAUGGCGGAGCCGCGGGCGAGGGCGGCGCGGCCCGGGCCCCAGCGCUUCCUGCGGCGCAGCGUGGUGGAGUCGGACCAGGAGGAGCCUCCCGGCCUGGAGGCGACCGAGGCGCCGAGUGCACAGCCCCCGCAGCCCCUACAGCGCCGGGUGCUUCUGCUGUGCAAGACGCGCCGCCUCAUCGCGGAGCGCGCCCGCGGCGCCGUCCCUGCGCCCGCCGAGCCGUCCCCCGGCGCCCCCGGCGCCCCCGCGGACCACGGCCCCGAGCCCGGGAGCGCGCAAGAACCCAGGCCGGACCCCGCCGCAGCCCCUGCCGCGCCCGCCCCCGACGGCGGCCCCCUGGAGGAGGAGGCGGCGGCCGCUGUGAGGAAGGAGGACGCGAGGGCGGCGGAGGCGAAGCCCGAGCCCGAGCCCGAGCCUGGGCGCGCACGCCGGGAUGAGCCUGAGAACCAGGAGGACGAUGAGGACGACCUCAAGGCAGUGGCCACCUCCUUGGACGGCCGCUUCCUCAAGUUCGACAUCGAACUGGGCCGUGGCUCCUUCAAGACCGUCUACAAAGGGCUGGACACGGAGACCUGGGUGGAGGUGGCCUGGUGUGAGCUGCAGGACCGAAAGCUCACCAAGCUGGAGCGGCAGCGCUUCAAGGAGGAGGCCGAGAUGCUGAAGGGGCUGCAGCACCCCAACAUCGUGCGCUUCUAUGACUUCUGGGAGUCCAGUGCCAAGGGCAAGCGGUGCAUCGUGCUGGUGACAGAGCUGAUGACCUCAGGGACGCUGAAGACGUACCUGAAACGCUUCAAGGUGAUGAAGCCCAAGGUGCUACGCAGCUGGUGCCGGCAGAUCCUGAAGGGCCUGCUGUUCUUGCACACGCGGACGCCGCCCAUCAUCCACCGAGACCUCAAGUGUGACAAUAUCUUCAUCACCGGGCCGACCGGGUCUGUGAAGAUUGGCGACUUGGGCCUGGCUACCCUGAAAAGAGCAUCAUUUGCCAAAAGUGUAAUAGGUACCCCCGAGUUCAUGGCGCCUGAGAUGUACGAAGAGCGCUAUGAUGAGUCCGUGGACGUCUAUGCCUUUGGGAUGUGCAUGCUGGAGAUGGCUACCUCAGAGUACCCCUACUCAGAGUGCCAGAACGCAGCCCAGAUCUACCGGAAGGUCACCUGCGGCAUCAAGCCAGCCAGCUUUGAGAAGGUGCACGAUCCUGAAAUCAAGGAGAUUAUUGGGGAGUGUAUCUGCAAAAACAAGGAGGAAAGGUACGAGAUCAAGGAUCUGCUGAGCCAUGCUUUCUUUGCGGAGGACACGGGUGUGAGGGUGGAGCUGGCAGAGGAGGACCACGGCAGGAAGUCCACCAUUGCCCUGCGGCUCUGGGUGGAAGACCCCAAGAAGCUGAAGGGGAAGCCCAAGGACAACGGAGCCAUAGAGUUCACCUUUGACCUCGAGAAGGAGACCCCCGACGAGGUGGCCCAGGAGAUGAUCGAGUCUGGAUUCUUCCAUGAGAGUGAUGUGAAGAUUGUGGCCAAGUCCAUCCGCGACCGCGUAGCCUUGAUCCAGUGGCGGCGGGAGAGGAUCUGGCCUGCACUGCAGCCCAAGGAGCUGCAGGACUUGGGCAGCCCUGAGAAGGCCAGGGGCCCGCCGGCACCCCUGCAGGUCCAGGUGACCUACCAUGCACAGCCUGGGCCGCUGGAGCCUGAGGAGCCUGAGGCUGACCAGCACCUCCUCCCGCCCACACUGCCGGCCAGCGCCACCUCUCUGGCCUCGGACAGCACCUUUGACAGUGGCCAGGGCUCCACAGUGUACUCGGACUCUCAGAGCAGCCAGCAGAGUGUGGUGCUCGGCUCCCUUGCAGACGCGGCGCCGACCCCGGCCCAGUGUGUGUGCAGUCCCCCCAUGAGUGAGGGGCCCAUCCUGCCACACAGCCUGUCCUCAGUGGGAGCCUUCCAGCAGCCCACUGCCUCGCCCGGCCUGUCGGUGGGCUCUGCCCCAGCUCCCACCCACCCUCCACUCCUCCAGCAGCAUUUUCCAGAUCCCACCAUGAGCUUCACCCCUGUGCUGCCACCACCCAGUGCUCCCGUGCCCACGGGCCCAGGUCAGCCAGCACCUCCUGGACAGCAGCCUCCUCCUCUGACCCAGCCGACAACCCUGCAACAGGUCCUGGCUCCACAGCCCCUGGGCCCCCUCCAGCCAGUGCCCCCCCACCUGCCUCCAUAUCUGGCUCCAACCCCCCAGGUGGUGGCCCCCACUCAGCUGAAGCCACUCCAGAUGCCACAGGCGCCUCUGCAGCCGCUCACUCAAGUCCCUGCGCAGAUGCCUCCGGUUCCUGUCGUACCCCCCAUCACACCCCUGGCAGGAAUUGAUGGCCUCCCGCCGGCCCUCUCUGACCUGCCAGCCUCAAACGUGCCCCCUGGGCCGCCUCCACAGUAUUUCUCUCCGGCCGUGAUCCUGCCCAGCCUCACUGCCCCUCUGCCAGCGACCUCGGGCCUGCCUCUGCCGGCAGUCAAGCUGCCCCACCCCACUGGGGCGCCUCUGGCCGUGCCCUGCCGUACCCUUGUGCCAAACGCACCGGCUGCCAUCCCGCUGCUGGCUGUGGCCCCACCGGGUGUGGCCGCCCUGUCCCUCCACCCUGCGGUGGCCCCACUCCCGGCCCAGCCUGUGUACCCAGCGGCCUUCCCGCAGGUGGCGCCUGGCGACAUCCCGUCCUCCCCCCACCAUGCAGUGCAGACCCUGCGAGCCACCGCUCCACAGCUGGCACCACCUGCACUUCCCCAGCCCCUGCAGCCCAGCUUCCACCUUCCUGAGCAGGUUGCUCCAGCCGCCACCCCAGGGAGCCAGGUCCUGCUUGGCCACCCACCUCACUAUGCUGUUGAUGUCACCGCCCAGCUCCCCGCCGUGCCCACACCACCUGCUGCUGUCCUCUCCCCACCUCUGCCGGACAUACUGCCGCCUGCUGUCCCCGAGCUCCCACCUCAGUUCCCCAGCUCCCUGGCCCCCGUGGUGGCAGCACCUGCUCAGAGUGUGCCCACCCAGGCCACCACUCUCCUGCCGCCAGCAAACCUGCCGAUACCCAGUGGGCCCAUGAUUGCUGGCCCCUGCCCAGCCGUCCAGCUGAUGGUGGAGCCAGCCCCAGAGGAGCAGGCCUUGCAGGACAAGCCGCCCGGCCUCCCGCAGAGCUCUGAGAGUUACGGAGGUUCUGAUGUCCCUUCUGGAAAAGAGCUGAGUGACAGCUGUGAAGGUGGCUUUGGCGGGGGCAGGCUGGAGGGCAGGGCCACCCGGAAGCACCACCGCAGGUCCACGCGUGCCCGCUCCCGGCAGGAGAGGGCCAGCCGGCCCCGACUGACCAUCCUAAACGUGUGCAACACAGGUGACAAGAUGGUGGAGUGCCAGCUGGAGACACACAACCACAAGAUGGUGACCUUCAAGUUCGAUUUGGAUGGGGACGCGCCGGAUGAGAUCGCCACGUACAUGGUGGAGCAUGACUUCAUCCUGCAGGCUGAGCGGGAGACGUUCAUUGAACAGAUGAAGGAUGUCAUGGACAAAGCAGAGGACAUGCUCAGUGAGGACACGGACGUGGACCGUGGCUCUGACCCAGGGGCCAGCCCACCACACCUUGGCACUUGCGGCCUGGGCACCAGGGAGGAAAGUGGACAAUCGCAAGCCAAUGCCCUUGUGUAUCAGCAGAACGUCCUGCACACUGGGAAGAGGUGGUUUAUCAUCUGUCCAGUGGCUGAGCACCCGGCAACUGAGGCCCCUGAGUCUUCGCCCCCACUUCCUCCAGCCUCCCUACAGCAAGAAACCAACCAAGAUCCAGCAGCUUAUACAGACCAGCGGCUCUUGAAGGAGCUCCCCACCUUCCUAGCUGGCCAGCGGCUCCCGAGCCAGGCGGGCCCCAGCAACCCUCCCAGUGGCGCACCAGCCCCGUCGUCGGCACCAUCCUCCCCUCUCGUGACUGCUCCGCCCCCCGAUGUGGCAGCACCAGCCACCAACACUGUGCCAGAGCCAGCGUCAGGGACUGCCAUCCAGGCAGGGGGCCAAGGGACUUCUCAAGGGAGCCAGGGACUCCCAGCUAGUGAGCAUCAGAGCCGCCAGCCACUAGCAGAGACUCACGAUGCCGAGCUGGCUGCGCAGCCCCUCAGUGCAGGCCGAGGACCUUGUGCCCCUCCUCCGGAAGCCUCCCACUACCCCUCUUGUCUGGGGGAGCCCACCCUAGCCAGGGAGGCCAGUGCCCCAGGGGAGCCCCUGUUGGCUCCGGCACCUGAGCCCAGCCCGCCCAGCGGGGCCCCACAGACUUCCUUGGCCCAGCUCCCACCCCAACUCCCCACUGCUAUGGGGGCCAUCAGCCUGGCUGCCCCCCAGCUCCCAAGCCCACCCCUGGGGCCAUCUGCCCCCCCACAGCUGCCCUCGGCCCUGGAGUCAGAUGGGGAAGGGCCGCCCCCCAGGGUGGGCUUUGUGGACAGCACCAUCAAGAGCCUGGAUGAGAAGCUGAGGACAUUGCUCUACCAGGAGCAUGUGCCUACCUCCUCAGCCUCAGCCGGGACCCCUGUGGAGGUGAGCGACAGAGACUUUGCUCUGGAGCCCCUGAGAGGGGACCAACCCCAUACCGAGGCCUCCGGGGGGGAUCUGGCCCUACCCCCAGCACCGAGCGAUGCCCAGCUGCCCCAGCCCUCGUUGGAAAAGUCAGAAACGACCCUUGCUCAAGGGGGUACAACGGAGCAGGAGCAGGGAGCGUCUUCACCAGUGACAGCAGAGUCAUCUUCCAGCAGCACACUGGGCUGCGAUGCAGAUGGAGGGCAGGCAGCCUCAGGCUUGCCCGCAGCACCCAGCGCCCCCCAGGAUGCGCCUGCUUCUGUGACUUCACAUGUGGAGCCCACAGACCGGGACAGUGGGGUUUGUGAGAAAGCCUCAGCAGAACCCCUGUGUGACGAUCAGGCCUCAGGGUCCCCUUGGAAGCAGCCAGGGCAGCAGGACAGCAGCUCACCAGCCAAGACCGUGGGCCGCUUCUCGGUGGUCAGCACGCAGGACGAAUGGACCCUGGCCUCCCCCCACAGCCUGAGGUACUCUGCCCCACCUGACGUCUACCUGCACGAGGUCCCCUCCAGCCCUGACAUGAAGCUGGCAGUGCGGCGGGCGCAGACAGCCUCCUCCAUUGAGGUCGGCAUGGGCGAACCUGUGUCCAGUGACUCCGGGGACGAGUGCCUGCGGAGGAGGCCCCCGGUGCAGAAGGAGGCAUCCCUGUCUGGCGGCAGCAGUGCGGCCACCGACUUUGUCAAGAAGGCCACUGCCUUCCUGCACAGGUCCUCGCGGGCCAGUUCACUAGGUCCAGAGACACCCGGCAGGGCCACUGUGAAGGUCCCCACCAUCAGCGUGACUUCCUUCCACUCACAGUCAUCCUACAUCAGCAGUGACAACGACUCAGAGUUCGAAGACGCUGACAUAAAGAAAGAACUACAGAGUCUGCGGGAGAAGCACCUGAAGGAGAUCUCAGAGCUGCAGAGCCAGCAGAAGCGGGAGAUUGAGGCUCUGUACCGUCGCCUGGGCAAGCCGCUGCCCCCCAGUGUGGGCUUCUUCCACACGGCGCCCCCCACCGGCCGCCGGAGGAAAACCAGCAAGAGCAAGCUGAAGGCGGGAAAGUUGCUGAACCCCUUGGUGCAGCAGCUCAAGGUCGUGGCCUCCAGCACAGGUCACUUGUCUGACUCCAGCAGAGGCCCUCCUGCUAAGGACCCUGCCCAAGCCGGUGCGGGGCCUGCAGCAGCCAGCACGCGCCCAUGCGGGGAGGCAGUGCAGACCCAGCAGCCCUGCUCCGUCCGAGCCUCCCUGUCUUCGGACAUCUGCUCCGGCUUAGCCAGUGAUGGAGGCGGAGUGCGUGGCCAAGGCUGGACGGUUUCCCACCCAACGUCUGAGAGAGGGACCCAUAAGUCUAGUAGCAAACCUCGUGCUCGAUUCCUCAGUGGACCCGUAUCUGUGUCCAUCUGGUCUGCUCUGAAGCGUCUCUGCCUAGGCAAAGAACACAGCAGUAGGUCCUCCACCAGCAGCCUGGCCCCAGGCCCGGAGCCGGGCCCGCAGCCCGCCCUGCACGUCCAGGCGCAGGGGAACAACAGCAACAAUAAGAAAGGCACCUUCACCGACGACCUGCACAAGCUGGUGGACGAGUGGACGAGCAAGACGGCCGGGGCCGCGCAGCUGAAGCCCACGCUCAACCAGCUGAAGGAGACACAGAAGCUGCACGACAUGGAGGCCCAGGCGGGCUGGGCACUGGCCCCUGGCGAGAUGACUGCACCCAGAGUAGGAGUGGGGAUGCCACGUCUGGCCCCGGUGCCUGGCCCUCUGUCCACCGCAGCCAUUCCGGGAGCCGCCCCAGCCUUGCGUGUGCCCACACCAGGUACUGCCCUCUCCAGCCUCCCAGUCCCGCCCUGUGUCCUGCCUCUGGAUCAGUACGGAAGCCUGCUCCCACCUUCAGUAUCCUGGGGGCCCUGGGCAGCACAGGUGGGCCAGCUGGGGGUGCAGGGCAGCUGGAGCCCCACCCGGGGGCCCACGCUGCCUGCGUUCUUGCAGCCACCUGUGGUCAGUGCACCCGGCCCUGGGCUGCGGAUCACAUAGCCUCUGCCCUGUCCCUGCCAGAUGGAGUGCUCUGAGCUGUACAGAGGAAUCAGGUUGUGGUGUGGCUUCUGAGUCCCUCCCCUUCCUGCUGAGGGCAAGUGCCCAGCCUCGCGUGGGCGGCAGGACACAUUUCCUUUCCCACUUCAGAUCCCGUUUGCCCUUAGAUCCCCACCGUGUACAUGUGCGGUCUUCACACCCACCUCCUGUACUUGAGUUGACAGUCAGAACCUUGUCAUCACCCUGCAGAAGUACAGUGCCUUGAAUUCCAGCUUUUCCAUUCCCUGGUGGAAAGAGACAUUAAAAAAAAAAAAAUUAUCAGAAAAGGUGUAUUUCAUUUAUAACUGGCUUGUGCCAUUGAUAGCUUUAUUUACUGUUUUAAGUUGCAGAGAUGUGGUUUACAGAUUUGAAACUGAGGUCUGAUCUUUAGUUUUCUGUUGUAAAUGCCUUUUAAAAAAAAUCGAAUUUGUGACCUUGAACAUUGAAGAGCUGCAAAUACAAGGCAGUUCUGUUUAGUCCUCAGUGGAGCAGUCUCCCUGGCCUUGUUCAGGGACUGAGGGACACAGGCACGCGGACAGGGCACGUUAGAGGUAGUGGGUCUCUCAGUAAGGAAUGUCGGCAGCUUUGUUUGGCUAUGAGGAACCUGCCAGAAAACACUCAGUAAGCAAACAGAUAAGAGUGUGUCCAGUGCAGAGACUUCGCCCUGCAGGGAAAAGCGCAGCCCCUUGGGCUUAGGGGUCCUGCCCUCCCCUGGCACGCAGACCGCUCUGUAGGCCACCCCUAAGGCCCAUCUGCUGAGGGCAGGAUCUUUCUUCUCCUGGAGAUUUCCAUGACUUGUCCCAUACCAGCACCAAACAGCCCCAGGGUGGGAGGCGAAGGCCCGGUGGCCUCCUCCACAGGCGGAUGUUUCCAGCUCCCGCUGGAAGGCAGGUGGCCUGGGGCUGCCCAGCUGUGAAUUGUAGAGUUCUGUGUACUUAUUAAAAGUGGCUACAUUAUUUGUUUAAAUUUAUUAUUCCAUCAAUUCAGUUAGAAUUGAAUUUUGUAGGUGAUUAUCCAGAAUCUUCUGCCAGGGCACAAUGCUGUAGUAAGAGAUUUCUGUUCUCUGUGACGGGCACUCUGUCCAUCUGGUUCGAGAAUCUCAUGGGCCUGUGUUUGAGUGAAUGGAGGCCACUCUCUCCUCCUUCCCCUCUCAGUGUUAGUCCUUUCCUCAUCCCUGAUGGCCAGUGGCAUGGAAUCCCCAAGAGAUUGUACAUAUGAAGGAGAAAAAUAAACAUUUUUGUCUGAAAA